CAUCUGCCUGGUUUUUGCGUGACAGUUUAAUGGUACUAUGGCUGUUCUUUCUUCAGUUAGUUAAGCUAUAAGAUGAAUUUUGGCAUGUCUCGCAUUAGUAAGAAGAAGCCAGCAUUAUGCACAGAUGAACCACUCUCCAACAGUACCAUCUGCCAAAAGAUUGCUCUAUUAAGAAGCAUACUCAGCACAGCCUAUGGACCAACCGGCAGACUGAAACAAAUACACAACAACGUUGGGGGCCACAUCUUGACAACUUCAACCUCAACAGCGCUUCUCAAACGACUAGAUAUGUCUGAACCGCUUCUCAAACUGAUCUCAACCGCUCUUCAACAUCACACUGCACGUUACAGUGACUCAGGGCUGUUUAUGGGGAUUUUUACACUGACGCUUAUUGAAAACACCAAAAAAUAUGGGCUUAGGACAUCUACGGCAGUCAAAGUAUACAAACACCUUGUGGGACAAUGUAAUGUGUAUCUUAAAGGAGACUCUUGUGGCUGUAAGGUGCCAGUGGAGUUUAGCAGCUGCGGUUCACUUGUUGCAUUGGCAUGCAGCAUGAUCACCAGCAAACCAGCCUGCAUGUUGGACAGCAGAGAGAUGCAGCAGAUCAGUUCAUUGAUCACACAGGCUUUUCUGUACUCCAUCCCUUGCAACUCUUCUGGUAUGGCCUGCUUUGGAAGAACGGUCACUAUUGGCAUUGAGGGCCAAUCAGUAAGCCAUUCUUCAGUUUUUCCUGGACUGCUGCUGGAUGUUCCUGAGAUGCUCCAGCCUGGAGAUCUUGAGAGGCUGGGAGAUGGUCCGUUUAAGGUGGUGCUUUUUGGUGUGUCGCUGUCUGGGGAUAUUUCUGAGGUUGGCGAUGUUGCUUUGGAGAUCCACAGAGGGGUGAACCCAGAGCGAGAUCUCCUUCAGCAGCUCUUGAAGAUUGGGGAACAGGUUGUAAAGGAUAAUGUGAGUUUAUUCGCAUGCCAAAAAGUGGUACAUCCAGUUCUUCAGCACUACUUAAAGGAGCAUGGAGUGGUCGUGAUAGAAAGGCUCGGACUUGCUCUGAUGGAGCCGUUUGCCCAGAUAACAGGGGCACAGGCUGUUGCAUCUCUUUUCUCUCUGGUCCCGAUAGAAGCUUAUGGGCUGGUUGCUGGAUUAUGUUUCCAAGACUGUGGAUCCAGGAAGCUGCUUCAGCUCCUCUCCUCUAAAGAUGCUGCAAUUAGCACUAUGGUUCUCUGCCACAGAAAUGAAACUAUGCUGGAAGAACUAAAGAUGACAUGCCAGAGAGCAGAACAUGUGUUGCGACUGACUCUGAGGGAGCCCUACGCCCUGCUUGGAGGAGGCUGUACAGAAACACAGCUGGCCACCCACAUCUCACACAUGAAUCAGUCCACAGCUGCAACCACUGCUGCAGCUCUGGGUAUUUCUCAUUCAGAGUUCCUGAUGGCAGUCAAGUCAUUCUGCAGUUCUUUACUUGCUGUGGCUCUUUCCUUAGAGCAUGAUGGACAGGAUUGUCUCAUUGACCUGACAUAUGCCCACAGAUGGGUCAUGGACAUCAGUUCUCAGACCGAAGUUAAGCACACCUGUGGUUGUGGACUGCUGGAGGACAGAUUCAACCUGGAGAAGACACAUCUAAAUACAGCUUGCCAGACUUUUUCUCCUGUUUUCUUAGAAAACUGUGACACUCAGCCUAAAAUAUUAGAUUCAUUUUCUGCCAAGCUAAAUGCUUUAAAUGUGGCAGUUGAGAUGGCUAGUUUGGUUCUUGACGUAAAAUAUAUAAUCAAGGAUGUUAAUUGAAUUUUGCUGAAGAAUUGUGAUUUGAAUAAAGGAUGAUUGGUUUGGUGGAUUU